CGCGGCUUUAUUAGACUGUGUGCUACUGUAGAGGAGGAUAAUGUCAGAUGACUCGGCAUUGGAAGAACAGCUUGCCGAAAUGGUAGCCUUUGAAUUAGGCCUGGACACCCUAAAUUUUGAUUCCAAGUCUUGUCCCACAUCGUUGGGAAGUCCUUCACCAGUCGACUUUUAUUUACAAUAUUUGGGGUUAUAUUUGAUGAAAUCUGAUUUGAUCAAUGCAAGAUUUUUAUAUAAAAGAAUGCCGCUUAAAAUUAAGGAGGAUGAUUCGAUCAAGUGCUUGUGGGAUCUUGGUCGGUUCCUUGUGCGAAAUGAUGCGAAGUCUCUUUUCUCUCGAGCUUCACAAGUUCUGGCAGAUCCUAAACAGCCUGAUAUUCUCGUUCAAAUGGUCAAACAAAUUCGUGAUAGACAGCUUAGCUCAAUUACAGACCUUUUUUCUCGUGCGUACUCACACAUAUGUGUUGAUUUCUUAUGUGAUUACUUAAGUAUUUCUUCCCAUGAUGUGUUCGAACUGUUCUUAGGUAGAGGCUGGGAAGUUUGUCCAGAUAGCCGUUUUAUAUUUCACUCCGGUGAACUUGCGUCAAACAAUGAUCAGGCAUUAUGUUCUGAGAAUGAAACAACGAAUAAUGACCUUAUGAGCAGGUUAUCUGAAUUGAUGUGUUUUAUGGAAAAUCAUUAAUAAUACAAUCUUAAAAUAUAAAAAGACUUCUUGAUUAGUUUCUGUUUCCUAAUUUCAGUAGAUUUUUCAAUUUAAGGUGGUUAAUUAUGGACCUGACAAGCGUCGGAUGUAUUCAACAUCCUAAAUCUCCAAUGUUCUCACUAUGCUGUCCUGAAUGUAAAUUCGCUGCUACAUCAACAUUCGACCUCCGCAAGCAUGUAAUGAGUGUUCAUUUGGAUCCUUCAGGAGUUCAUUUUUUUGAGCUGCAAAUCUUCACCUGUUCUGUUUGUGGUGUAUCAUCAACUAAUCAUGUUCAAAUAAAAGAUCACAUUACAGUUCACUUGAGAAAGCGUAAGGCGGAUGAACAAUCUGCAGUCAUGGCUCAGCGUAUUGUACUAGGUUCAUGUGACGACGAUGACUUCCACUGUUCCAGUGAGUCAGAUUACGAAGGUGAAGAAAUUCAGUUUAAUACAUCUCCAGAAAAAAAAGAACGAAGUUCAAAAAGUGUACCCUCUAUUGCUAGCAAUGAUAAAUCAUGCUCUAGUUUGACGUCUGGUAUGCCUUCUGGCACUCAAACCAACCUUGUUCCUUCAGGUUCUAACAAAACACCGACUCUUUCUCCAAAACCUAAUCGACACGUUUCGGUCAAACAACCUCGUGUAGUUUGGCAAGAUUGGUCAAAGCUGAUUACACGAUCUGAUAAGAAGUUCAUAUGUUUAGUAUGUAGGCGAUUUAUAUAUAGUGGUCGUACUGAAGUAGUUUUUCAUGCAGUUACAAGGCAUUUACUUUCUGGGGAAAUCGAACAUGAUUUAUCACAAUACGGACGACUGACAGAACAUGUGAAAAGACAAAUAGGCCGAUACUUUUCUGAUGGUAUGCGUAUACGUUCCGGUGUUCACUACAAAGAUGCUAAACGUGUAGAAGCUGCUCUAUUCCGUUCUAUUGAACUACAUCUUCGCUACCAGCCAAUAUCCGCUAUUGAAAACGGUCCAGAAAAGCGGACGAAAUUUACUUGUUCUGGUUGUGGUGUUAGUUUUAAUGAAUCACAGGUAGCUUAUGCACAUGUCAACGACGAACUGCGUGCUUUCCUUCCGGAGUUUAUGCGUGCUCGUUCUUGCCCCUGGUCAUUAAGUACACGAGAAGAAUGGGUGUGGACUGUUCCCGAUUUACCAGUCAAAUCCUUGCCUCUUAAAUCAUCUACUGCAAUUAUUAGUAGCACUGAAUCUGAACACCAUCGUAUUAACGCUUCUGAAUCUCAUACUCCGACAAAUCUUAAUGAUCGUGUUCAUAAAACAGAGCAACCAGAUCAUAAUUCAUCACAAACUCUUAGAUCUGGUGCUAUGACUACUACUCCUGCUGCGACUGUUAUUGUUAAUAAUUGUAUCAGUAAUAAUAAUAAUAACAGCAGUCGAAUAGAUAGUAAUGAAUGUAUCACUAUACCAACAAUUUCACCUUGUUCAUUGACUACUGUAUCCGGAUUUCUCCCCGUCCCAAUCAUGUCUAUUCAUCCUGGUUCUACUCUUAGUUUUACCCGUCCAACACUAGAAUUUACUUCGCAAACCAUACAACCUAGUCAAUCUAUUAUACCUAUUAGUUGUAUACUUACUACUAAACCAUUAUCCUGAAUAUAAAUGAUCUCUGCAAGCAUUUAUUUUAUGAUCUGCAUGCAUGUUAGCUAUUUAUCUAAAUACCAACUUUGUAGAAACUUUAUUGCAUAAAGCCAAAGUGAACAAACUCUAUAAAAUGGGUUAUUUGCUUUUUUCGUUUUCUGCAUUUUAUUCAUUUAAUUGAUAAAACAUUAAUAUUUCUAUCUGUUUUAUAUUUUGGUUUCUUUUGUUUCAGUAAAACAACCAAACCACAUAAUCACUUAUGUAUUGUACAUUUUAUUUUUAUCACAUAUUUAUUUUCCUGCCAGUCAUGACAACGAAACCAAAAGUGUCAAUGAAACAUUGCUGUAACAUAAAGGAAUUAUCUUGCCUUUUUAUCCCCUUAAUUUAACGUAGCUUUAUUUGGAUAAUUAGAUUUUUUCAACCGGUUUCUUGUUUUGUAAAUUCCCUGUGUGUGAUCUUACAUUUUGUUCUCAGAAAAUGAUUUUGAGUUAGCUUCUUUUUGUACAAUUUUUUAUUGACUAGCUAUCAUACGGUAAACUAAAAAGCAAUAAAUAAAAUGAUAGGAAGUGGUUUUAUCGAAAUCUAUUCAACAAAACUUUGAUACCAGCAGUUGUGAUCUUUAUAUAUAAGUUUACUAAGCAUAUUGGUAAUUAUUUUGUUAGACUAGAUUUAUUUAUAAUGAAGCGGACACAGCCUUUUUAAUUGUUCUGUUGAAAUGUGUAGAAUUACUAAAUGUUAAAAGGCUCGUUACAGCACGAAUUGGUCAGUGUUAGCGUUUCAGACUGCAAAGAUGAGUGACUGUACUUUCAAUUCCACUGAAAUUGUCAGUUCCCUCAAUAUCACAAGAACCUCUUACUGACGAGUUAUGUCUCUCAUAAAACUUAGGUCUAGGGUUUGUUGUCAACUGUUUCCAAUUAACCAACAUUAAAGCCUAAGGCAUGAAAUGUUGAGUCACUUGAAUUAUUGGCUAAAUUACAAGUUGAUUGAUAGAACUCUAUCAGAACGUGAUAUUAGUUAUUUCUCAAUACUCGAUCUAUAUAAAGACUUAACAGUUAUUCAAAGUUUUUCCAAAUAGGUGUCUUGUUGCCUUUCAUCUCCGAUUUUGUCGUACUAUUCAAGCGUUGAGUAAAGUAUUUUAAAGUUAUCAUGGCUUACCUAUCACAUCGGUUAUCCUAACUACUUUUUUCAGGUUUAGUAUAAUUAGCUCUUAAUAAUCAGUUAACCGACUUUUGAGC